AUGGCCCGGGUCGUUGGGGUGAAUGAUGCUAGUGAUUUCCCAGUGAUCGACACCUUUCGCACCGAGCUUAUCAAGGCGGACGAGAUCCUCUUUGGAGGAGCAACCAAUGAGAACGGCGAAGUGAUCGAGAGAUUCAUGGGGAUCGACAAGCUCUACGCAGAGGUGCUCCCGCAGCUAGAAACUUUCCUUGCGGUUCAGAAUAACGCCGGGAUAAUGAUUAUGAUGAUUUUGGAGAUCAUCAAAUUGCAGCAGGUUGUGGAGGAGAGUGGGGAGGGCCAGUGGCUCCAGCCACUCAAAGACACUCUCGGAGAGGCUCUAUACGAGCAAAUCGUACAAGCUGGGGCGGUUUGA